AUGGAUCCUGACCCCCGUAUCCCUUUGAAACGGGCAGAGCUGUACCGCCGUGAAUGCGAGUCAUAUUAUGAGUGCAUCUUCAAUGCGAAGUCAGCGUAUCUCAAAGAUCUCAUCAAGAAUGCUGACACUAAAGAACUGUUUCGUCUUGUGAAGACACUCUCAACGCCCACUCAAUCUUCACCUCUUCCAGAUCAUUCUUCUGAUAGUGAACUCGCCAACAGAUUUGCUACAUUCUUCAGGGAAAAAGUCGCCAAAGUUGUAUCCUCUUUCCCUAAUGUAGUACCAGCACCAGCUUCAAGAUCUUUUGCUCCAGGCCCUCAUCAUGAACUCUCUGAUUUCUGCCUUGUAUCCCUCUCACAAGUCAGGAAGCUCAUCACUUCACUUCCUUCUAAACACUGUAAGCUAGAUCCGAUUCCUACCUGGCUUCUAAAGGAAGUCCUUGAUGAACUCCUUCCUCACAUAACCAAACUGUUCAAUCUCUCGUUAUCAUCCGGAAUAGUUCCAGAGUCUUUUAAGACUUCUCUGCUUCUUCCCCUCCUAAAGAAGCCGAGUCUCGACACGAAUGGACUUAAGAACUACAGGCCCAUCGCAAACCUGCCAUUCCUUGGGAAGGUUUUGGAACGUAUUGUGUCACUACAGCUGAAAGCCCACAUUGACAAUCUCGGUUUGUUUCCAAUCCACCAAUCUGCCUAUCGGAAUCAUCAUUCUACUGAGACUGCAACUGUCAAGGUCCUAAAUGACCUACUUCUAGCUGUAGAUAAGGGUAAUGAAGCUGUCCUCAUCUUGCUUGAUUACACUGCCGCAUUUGACACUAUCAACCACGACCUGUUACUCCAUCGCUUAGAGAACGACUUCUCCAUCACCGGCACCGUACUUCAAUGGAUUUGCUCCUAUCUCAUGCACCGAACUCAGAAGGUGAUCAUCAAUGACACCAACUCGGAAUCAUUUCCCCUCAUCUGCGGCGUUCCUCAGGGUUCCGUAACAAGUGGGAUUCCUCACACCCCAUCCUUGAUCCCAGACACACCCUCUUUCAUGAAGCCAUGUCUGGAUCUCUUGGACAGCAUUAAGAAGGGACAGGGAUCCGCUCACCGGCGCCUAUCCAUCACCAACUCACCCAACAUCUCCCCCUCCACACCCCUCCGUCAGAGGCUACUCCAUUGCUUCACCGAGGAGGCCAACUCCUGCACGACAGAAUCUCCUAGUACCAGCGUCAAGCUCCACAAGUCAGGACCGGUGCGACGGCCCAACUCCAGGAGGGAGCUAACAGAGGAGGACGUUGAGAUGGAGAUCGAUACCCCCUCUGCGGAGAUGGAAGUGAAAAGUAGGGGUAGGGGGCGUAGAAGCACAGCCUCUAAUAGUGGUGUGAAGCUUACAGAGGGAGGCGAGGUGAAAGUUGGAACUACUGCAGAAGUAGCAACAAGUAACAAGAGAAGAGGGCGUGGGAGUGGAGCCACUCCUAGUGGUACUAAACUUGAAGCAGGUAAAGUUGGUUCCCCUUCUGCGGAGGAGUCAGGGAACAGGAGGAGCAGGAGGAGUAUAGCUACUCCAAGAGGUACAACGCUUACAGAGGAAGGAGAGGGGACAAUCAGUAAGCCUGUUGGGGAAGUAGCAGCAACUGCAAGCAGCAGGGGAAGAGGGCGUAGCAGGGGAGCUACCCCAAGGGGUACAACUUCAGAUGUCGGUGGUGUAGGAAGUCACAGAGGAGAACCAGACAAGCCAACGUUGAUGGAGAACAACUCCUCGAGUGCAGGAGAUGAUGAGGAGCAGAAGAAAGGGAAAGGUAGGAGAGACAUUUCUUUGAAACGCAAGCUGUCUCUUGAUAGUGAGGGCAGCUCUUCUCAAGACAGGACAUCGGGUUUGAAGAGAAAGAGAUGCAGCAGGAGCAAAGCUAGCAAUGAAACAGUCACUACAGCUGCAGAUAGGAGUGAUACAUCAGAGAUGAAUGAUGUUUGCAUCGUUUCGACUGGCAUUUGUGGCACCGAUGAGGGCACAAGAUCUUCUAUACAAGAGACAAAGUCAUCAAGAUUGCAAGAGGUCUUCCAAAGCUCCAAGAAUGGAUCAGCAUCGAAGAGAAAAAGACCAAUUUGUACCAAAGACAGUGAUGAACUGUUAUUUGCAGAGAAGUGGGGUGAUUCUGGAACAGGCAACGCAGCAAUCGCUUCAACGAGUACCUGUGGUACUGGUGGCACUCGAUCGUCAUCCAGACGACGCUCGUGCUUACCUGCCCUUCCAGUGCAGCCUUCCACCGAAGAUGGACAGAUGGAUCAAACAAGAAGGAGAAGCAACAGGAGGAAAAGCGUAGCAUCGGUUGUCAACCAGCCUUCUCUUGCUGAUCACCUGAACCCUAUGGGAGUACAGUCUACAGGUAUGAACAGUGUCCCUGGUAAGAGGUCAUCAGUGGGCAGAACAAAAGGUGUCGCCAAAGGGCUAGCUCUUUCCGAUGUAGCCUUCAAGGAAGAGGAGGAGGGCCAUCAUCCAAAGAAGAAACAAAAAUCAUGCUCUCGUGGAAGUUUGCAGAAGUCUCUUUCUCCCGGAGGAUCGCAGAGGUCUCUAUCUCCUGGAGGAUCGCAGAAGACUGGAGGAUUGCAGAAGUCUACCUUUGAUGGAGUGAAGGAGGAACCAGCCAAGUUUGAAGAGAAGGAGAAUCAGAACGAAGAGAAUGUCUUACCAAAGGCCUUGGGUCAAAGAAUAGGAAGCAUGAAUGAAAAUGAUGGGAGAAAGAGGAAGCUGUUAUCCCCUCUCCCAACGGAUUUGACUUGUUCCUCUAUCCUCUCAUCGAUUGAAGUUCAGAACAGACCCAGCAUCGAAGAGUUCAAACUAGAAGGAUCCAUCAGACAUAGAGCAAAGAGAUCCACCUUGAAGAAGGAUUCUGUAGAAGCCCAGCUGUGUACAAGCAGUGAAGACAGCGUGGUAUCCUCAGAGGACUUGGAUGACACAAGGAAAGAAACCAAAGGCAAGCUUCGUCAAAUCCUGCUUAAACUUCUCUUUUCUUUUCCUUCCAUUUUGCCAACAACAAAAUUCUUUGACUGUAAAUCAACAGCCAGUAAAGAAAAGAAAAAGAAAAGGAAGAAAGUGACUUUGUCCGACAGUAUAACAACAAGCAGAAAGAAGAAAUCAACAAUUGUAAUGACAAGCUUGCAUAGGAGUGACCAAGAGAUUGUCCUAUCGGUUGUGAAGGACCUGGGAAGCUUUGAAGUGACUGAUAGCGUGUGUGAGACCACUACUCAUGUGGUGGUUGGUGAGAACAGGAGGACGCUCAAUGUUCUCUCUGGCAUCGCAAGGGGGUCCUGGAUUCUCUCUAUGGACUGGGUUUAUCGUUCCAUAGAGGCUGGGUCAUGGCUACCUGAGGAACCUUAUGAGAUGAAUGUCUACUUUCCUGGUGCAAUGAUAUCAAGGCUAGCACACGGGGCGAAAUCUGACUCAGAGACAUCUCCGGUGGAUAUUUUCUCCUCGUGCGCAACCCUCUAUAUUCCGCCGGAGAGCAAUCCUCCGAGGGAGAGAUUGUUGGAGCUUGUAGAGUUGUGUGGUGGUCACAUCUCCAGGAAAGUUUCAGAUGCUAAGCUGUGUGUUGGAGGCAGUGGUAGGGGAAAGAAGGGAUCGGCAACAGUCGUAGCUGAGAAAUGGAUUCUGGACUGCAUUACAAGAUUCAAGCUGUUGCCAUGGGAUCCAUACAAAGUAAAUAAAUCUUGAGAUGAGAACUCGACAAUCAGCUUAUUUCUACAGGAGACCCAGAAAGUAACAGAAUUGUCUACGGGAAAUCAAAAUUCAGCAGUAACUCCGAUCAGAAUAUAACAAGUCUGUGUCUAACAAAAUCUUUAAAAAAUUACCAUGUACACCACUUGUCUGGAGAGUGGGUUUGCGCGCAGUAUGCAUUGUGUCACAUGACUUUAACAGCUUAUUGUUAAAGGAAAUGUUCCUAUCAAGCUUGAUAAUUUCCCAAUUUCAAUUGGUCUCCUGAUUUUUUAU